CCUACCCCACCUUCACUGGCAUUAGACAAGUGGACAAGUGUGGCUACUAGUAUGGUUUGAUAUAUUUUAUAUAUUGAAAUGGAAAAGGAUAAUGAUGUUCUUGGACAAUAUAGGGCAGUGUCCAAUAAACUGAAAAAGAGGUUUUUGAAAAAACCAAAUUUAUCAGAAGGGAUAGAGCAGUUUGGUAGUUUAGCUAAAAAUUUAGAUCAACAGGAAUGUCCACAAUAUUCUGGGUUUUGCUGUUUAGCUCAGGCUAGAUGUGAACAUACUCAGACAAAUCAUGCUGGGGAGGCAUUAGCUUUAACCAGUGCAGCAAGAUCCUUUCUAAAAGCUGAAAUCAAGAAUCAACAAAUUAAAUGUGUCAGUUUUGAAGAACAUUUGAUAGCUGCAAUCAAUUGUUAUGGUCAUGCUAUCAGAGUCCAUAUAGAAAACAAACAGAUAAGUCUAGCAGCCUCACUUUCUCUUGAACUUGGUCAUGCUUUAAAGAAUUUAGACAAACCAGGUGAAGCUGUUGGACAUUUUCAAAGAUCUGCAGAACUCUUAUCUCAAAGCCCCUUGGACUGUCUAGAAGCUUUAGAUUUAGUUUCAUCAUGUAAAAUAGAAACAAAAGAUUAUGAAGGAGCAUUAGCAGUUUUAACAGAAAUGACUUAUUUAGCUCAAGAAAGAGGAGGUUCAACGACAACAGGAAAACCACUAGGACCCUAUGUUGAUAUGUUAGUCAAAUGUGAAAUAGCUAGAGUAUUGUUAUUGAUGCUUUUACAGCCUACUCCACAGCGUAUCAGACCAGAACAUGCUCAAACAUUAGAAAAAUAUGCUUGGGAAACUACAGAAGAUAAUUUUUCAGCUCAGUAUUUAGAUGAAGAUUUAUUUCUCUUAUUACAAUCAAUUGUGAUGGCUUGUCAAUCUAGAGAUAUUGAAUCAUUACAGGCAUUACAAACAGAAAUCUGGCCAAUGUUAUCAGCUGAACAAAAUCAAAUUCUUCAUUUAGUUAUACAAGAGAUAUCUCAUCCUACUGGUGAAGGAGUGUAGUUAUCAGAACAUUCUAGUCAUUGUAAAAAGUAUCGUAUGUGACAAUUGAGCUGUUUAAUAUCUAUUACAUCUACAUUCCUUUUGUUUUAAGAGAUAUUAUACAAUUAUAAGAUUAUCAGAUUAUGAAAGAGGUGAAAUUCUAUAUUGAUUUAAAUUGUUUAGUGAAAAGACUAUUACAUGAGUCAUACCUGUAACGUAUUUAUCAAUGUUAAAAGGACAGGUUCGCAAUCUGUUUGGCCAAUGGUACCUUCGUCAGAAACAGGAAUUUAUCAGCUAUCAGUAAUGGUGUUAUCAGCUCACAAUCUAAAUUUAAGCCUUUAUAUUUAUGUGUUUCCGGAAUUAUCUGCGUUUAAAAAUAAUGACUUGUCUUGACAAUAAAUCAGAAUAAUGUUCUGAGGUUUACAUGGACAGAAGUAGUAGUCGUCAUUCUUAACAAAAUAUAUUUAUUAUUAAAAUAUGGCAAAUAUAAAUCAAUCAAUAUUAUAAACAAUAAAUGCUGGGUCUUUACUUUGGCCCAAAGUCUUUGGGUUGGGCAUAUGUUGAUCUUUUUAAGGAUUUCUAGCCUUUCAUUUGUACUGACAUUCAGCUUUUCAUGACCAGUAAUCAAAAGCCUGUAAGAAAGCUUUGUCCUGAUAAUGAUGUUUGCACAAAUACCCAAAUGUUUUUUGAGAAUAGGAACUGCCUAUUUCUGAUGCCCAUACAAGGUUAAAUAAUAUAUAUAAAAUGCCUCUUUUGUCUCAAGUUCAAGAAUAUAUGGGUUUUGAAGAGACUCAGACAGUGAUAUCAAAAAUAAAAGUAUAGCUUUCUAACACAAAAUGGUACAAUUGUCUCUGACAUUCUCCCAAUUGACUACCAAUUAAAUGGCGGUAUAGAGUUUCUCAUGCAUAAGACUGAACUGAGUAUUCUAUAAGAGAAACACAUUACCUCGGUAAUCUUUUGAUAUAUUGCUAGGGUGUUUUUGCAGGCCGAUUCAAUUUGAAAGAUUAGCUAUUUUGUGCAAUUGGGAGCCAGGAAGUAUAGCCUAAUCGAUACAUUUGUUAGAAUGUCUACCUAAACCAAUUAGGCUUAAUCCUAAUCUUCCCAGGAUGUGAUUAGAUUAGACUUUUAACUAAUGGUUGCAGGUCAACAAUAGUAAUAAUAAUAAUCAAAAUAGAUGACUUUCUUAUGUUGUCAGCGGAGGCAGCUAUAUUGCCUAAUCCACAACAUCCAAUUUCCAUUUGUAGACAACUGCUAAUCUAAUCGAAAUGGAACCAAAUUGUACUUGCAAAUCAAAACCAAAUCAAAUCGGCCAACAAAAAAGUUUUUAAUAUAUAGCCUAACUAAUUCAGUUUACACGCAGACUAGAUAAUCUAUAAAAUAAUUUGAUUAACUGUUUUUAGACUUUGAUUUUGGUUUUGGUUUGAUAAAGUUAACAACUGUUCCUAAUAUAAAAAAUAAAAGGGUGAAAACAUGGGCUAUAUAAUAAAUUGAUGACCAAUACCGCAAUGUUUCUCCAGCUCCUAAUAAUAGAAAUCCCAUACACAUAUAGUCAAAUCCACGCAUUUUAAAAAACCAACAAGCCCAAUCAAAUAGUUUUUCUUGUUGAACAGAUGUAUUGGUUCUAAAAGCUUUAAUCAUGGCUUGUUCAGCCAUCAAUAUAGGUGGUACUGUCAUGAAUGAUAGGUAAU